CCGAAUCUCGACCUGUCUUUCUACCCUUUCGUCCUGCUCUGUUCUCUGUGUUUCUCGUUAGAGUCAUGAGUUUCGACGCUGGGUUAACUCGAUCGAACCUCGACUGCUUUCUCCAUUGCACGACACCAACAGUCAAAUCACAAUUCCUUCCCAAGAGUGAAAUUAGGAACCUUAAUCUUUUAUGGAACUUUCGGGAGAUAGAAAAUGUGGUGUAUUUCACAUUAUCUGAUCUUUGGAGUUGUUAUGAUGAAUGGAGUGCGUAUGGAGCCGGAGUUCCAAUCAUGUUGAACAGCUACGAAACCUUAGUCCAAUAUUACGUCCCGUAUCUCUCCGCCGUUCAAAUCUUCACCAGCAGUUCUCCGGUCAACAGCUUAAGGGAAGAGACGGAUUCCUUCAGUGAUUCGAGCAGCGACGAGAGCGUCACCGAAAAGUUAUGGCGGUGGGACGGAUGCUCGUCGGAAGACGGAAGUCCCGAGCAAGAUAGCAGGUUGGGUUAUCUCUACUUUCAGUAUUUCGAGAGAUCAACACCUUAUGGAAGAGUGCCUCUCAUGGAUAAGAUUAAUGGAUUAAGUGGAAGAUUCUCAGGUUUGAUGUCAUUGAGAAGCGUUGAUCUUUCUCCAGCCAGUUGGAUGGCAGUUGCUUGGUACCCAAUUUAUCACAUUCCCAUGGGCAGGACCAUAAAAGAUUUGUCCACAUGCUUCCUUACUUACCACACUCUAUCAUCUUCUUUCCAAGGAGCAGAUAUGGACCCGGGGGACGACAUCGAGGGUGCCGGAGAUGGGGCCAUAUCGCUUCCGGCCUUUGGGUUGGCUACUUACAAGAUGCAGGGGGACGUGUGGGUCUCGGGCAAUUCCGGACGGGACGGAGAGAAGCUGGUGUCGCUUUUGAGCGUGGCGGACUCGUGGCUAAAGCAACUUGGGGUCCAGCACCAUGACUUCGACUACUUUAGGGGGAUUCGACAUGGCUAAUGUUAUUAUUGCUCCCAAGGAAUUGACUGAUUACACUAAUUAAAAAUCCAACAAAACAAUCUCA